AUGGGACCUGGGAAAUACACCAUUACCCCUUCAUACUUGACUGGAGAAUUCCCAAGGGACUAUGGAUGGGUGGGCACUGCUGGCUUGUCUGUUGAUCCUAAAGCAUUUGCAAAGAACAGGGCUCUUAAGGUGAUCCACGGGCGUUGGGCUAUGCUUGGACCACUAGGAUGCAUCACCCCAGAAGUGCUUGAGAAGUGGUUGAGAGUGGAUUUCAAGGAACCAGUUUGGUUCAAAGCAGGAGCUCAAAUAUUCUCAGAAGGUGGUCUAGACUAUUUGGGGAACCCCAACCUUGUGCAUGCACAAAGCAUCUUGGCAGUGCUAGGUUUCCAAGUUGUGCUGAUGGGUCUUGUUGAAGGAUUCCGCAUCAAUGGCCUUCCUGGUGUAGGAGAGGGCAAUGACCUCUACCCUGGUGGCCAGUAUUUUGACCCUGUCACCUUUGCUGAGCUCAAGGUUAAGGAGAUCAAGAAUGGUAGGUUGGCCAUGUUCUCCAUGUUUCGCUUCUUUGUCCAAGCCAUUGUGACUGGGAAAGGACCACUUGAGAACCUUUUGGAUCACCUUGACAACCCUGUGGCUAAUAAUGCUUGGGUCUAUGCCACCAAGUUUGUGCCUGGCUCUUAA